AUGAUAAAAGGGACCAUACACCAAACAUGGUCUAGAUCACUUGGAGUGGUCAGUCGGCGCUCAUACCAUGUCCCAAGUAUCAACAAGGCUUUAAAAACUGAAUAUGACACCAUCAACGACUAUGGUAGUUACAAGAACAAUGUUUUCACUCAUAGAUUACCAGAAUCGACUGCUCAACAAUCCCCAUCAUUAGUUGCAUUACAUUCAAGAUUAAACUUGCCAUCCAAGUACUCCUUGUCUACAUUAUCUCAAGCAUUGAAUUUGAAUAUCAAUGACGGGUUAGUUAACAACUUUGGCCUUAACACUUUGGGUAAGAACUUGUUGUCCUACUACGUCUCUGAACACCUUUUGGUCAAGUACCCUAGAUUACCUAUGCCUAUUCACAAUGUUGCUGUUGACAGCUUGAUGGGACAUGAAACAUUACAUGAAAUAGGAAAAAUAUGGGGUAUUCAAGUCGAUUCAUCUACAAAGUUGGACAAGUACUUAAGCCAAGAAUCCGAAUUCAUAAAGUAUGGUAAGUUGAGAUUCUUGAGUGAACAACAGAAAGGAGAAGUCAAGGAAAGCGGAGUUCAUGAACUUUCUUCACAAGAAUCUAAGACCAAGAUAGAUUCUUCAUUUAUUUCUGACGAAGCUCAGGCUUAUGCUUCUGCCGUAAGAUCUAUCAUUGGUGGAUUAUACACUCAUACCGGCGAAGAGGCUACCAAGAAGUUCAUCCAAGACCACAUUUUAUCCAGAAAAUUACCUUUGGAAGAAAUGUUCCAAUUUAACCAACCAACUAGAGAAUUGGUUAGAUUGUGUGACAAGUUGAAUUUCGCAGAACCACUCGAAAUCAGGUUGAUUGCCGAAACUGGUCGUUUAUCUGCACAUGCCAUCUAUGUUGCCGGUGCUUUCUGUGGUACCGAAAAGCUUGGUGAGGGUAUCGGAUCCUCCAUUGCUGAAGCUAAGACCAGAUCUGUGGUCAACGCUUUAAUGUCAUAUUAUUUGUAUUCUCCUUUAGACUCUGAAGGAAAUGCUGCCAAGGUGCCAAGCGACAAAGAUUAUAAGUUCGAGGGUAUUGUUGGAUUAGGAGAUGUGUCUAUUUAA